CCAAUCAGGCGGCGGGCUCGCGACCCUCAGCCUGGGGCGCGCUGGGCACCACUGCCCGCCCCGCGGACUGACUGACGCGCCGGCUCGCCCCCGCCUGGUCUCCCCGGGCUCGGGCUCGGCUCAGACUAGGCGCCGCUCCGCUCCAGUCCUCGCCAGGCCCUUGCCCUGCCCGCAGCAGCCCCAGCCCGUGCUGCGCAGAGGCGGCCCCGCUUGGCAGCUGCAAGCCACCCCGGAGCCUGCGCUCAGGAUGAAGUGUAAGCCGAACCAGACGCGGACCUACGACCCCGAGGGCUUCAAGAAGCGCGCCGCGUGCCUGUGCUUCCGCAGCGAGCGCGAGGACGAGGUGCUGCUGGUGAGCAGCAGCCGCUACCCCGACCGCUGGAUCGUGCCGGGAGGGGGCAUGGAGCCCGAGGAGGAGCCGGAUGGCGCGGCGGUGCGCGAGGUGUACGAGGAGGCGGGGGUCAAGGGGAAGUUGGGCCGGCUGCUGGGUGUCUUUGAGCAGAACCAGGACCGCAAGCACCGGACCUAUGUCUUCGUGCUCACUGUCACCGAGCUGCUGGAAGAUUGGGAAGACUCGGUCAGCAUUGGCAGGAAGCGAGAGUGGUUCAAGAUCGAAGAUGCCAUCAAGGUCCUGCAGUGCCACAAGCCCGUGCAUGCCGAGUACCUGGAGAAACUGAAGCUGGGCGGCUCCCCCACAAAUGGGAAUUCGGCUGCCCCGUCCCUGCCUGAGAGCGAGCCCUAGUGAAUGGAAUAAAUGUUGUUCAGAUUUACUUUGAAAGAAUCAAGUAUGUGAACCCAAUGAUGAAUGGAAUUGUGAAGCACAGGUGAGCUCGUUGACAUCCCCAAGAACACAGCUCAUCCUAUGCUUUUGGACACUUCUUUCCUGUUAUUAACAAUGGCUGCUCUUCAGGUUGUUGCACUACCACUGAAUCUGUACAGAAUUCUAUUUGGCACCUGUGGCCUUUUUGUGCUUUUUGUCUGUAUUGCCCAUCAAAUAUGACCGUGAAUGCAAAAACUUGCUUUCUUAGUCUUUUUAUAUCUAGCAUACAUUACUUGAUAUAUGGUAGGCGUCACUGAAUAUUUGUUUAAUAUUUUGUAAUGGUGAUGAAUGGUGAAACAUCCCUCUUCUAAUCUCUCUAGCAUAUGUGUGGCUUUUGUAUAUCAGGUGUAACCCCACUAUUUCAAGGCAGCUGUGAGAUAGUAGCAAAAAUUCUUAUUCACAUGUCUGUGUUAUCCCAGACAUUAUGUACCUCUUACAUUUGCCAAAUUUUUGAACCUAAAUUUAACUGUGCCUCUAGAUAUAAUUUCUCCUCUAUCGAAAAUACAGGAGACAGAGAAACAGUUUACUGUAUAUCAAACAGAUGAGAUUCAUAGAGUCCUGACUUCAAGAAAACACGGGACAGAUGAUCCAUUUCAUCAGUAUUUAAGUCACAAGGACAAAAGGAAAGGGGGGAGGCCAAACCCAUGGAUUGAGAAAGGUUUCAGGAAGUGAUCAAUACUCGUAUGGAUCUUAUUAGGAUCCUGCUUUGAUCAGACUAUAAGAUGAAUGAGUUUAUCAGACAACUAGGCUAUGUUGAGCAGUGGCUGGAUAUUUUCACAUUGACUAUUAUAAUACUGUUGUUAUAUUGGAAUGAAGAAUUCUUACCUGCAUUCAAAUAUUUACAUUUGAUGUGAUAUAAUGUCUGGGAUUUGCUUCAAAAUAUGUCUAAAUAUUAAAUACACUGGACACACUCAAACAAGAUUGGCCUUUAAGGUUGUUGAAGAUGAAUGAAGAUUAAAUGAUGUUCAUUAUAUAUGUUCAUUUCUGCUUUUGUAUGUUUGACAUUUUCCAUAAUAAAAAGUUAAUCAAAACCA